CGCGGUAAAAAAAUAGUAUAAAUAACUCGUUCAUAAGGCCAUUGUGGCACUCAUCCUGUAUAUAACUCGCGGCUUCGCCGCUCGUUCUAUAAACUUGGAUUCGUGCCUUAAAAUUUGCCUUAUGAAACUCGUUCUUUAAUAUACUAGUUAUAAUAACGCUGCGAUUUAUUUCACAUUUCAUUAAAACCAGUGUCCAGUUCGAGGUUCAAUCAUAUCCAGUUCGCUUUAGUUUCGGAAAAAAAGUUUGGUUAUGUAAUGUUUACAUUUACGUUAUGUUAUUUAGAAGGUUGUUUACGCAUUAGCGGGCGUGGUGUCAACUGUCAAAUUUUCAAAAUUUGUAUAUAUUUUUCAGUUGGGCAUUCGUUAUCAAAAAGCGAAUUUCUAUUUUUAAGAUGAAUCAAGAGAAUUUUUGUAAAUAUUAUUUGCUUUGGAUGUAUAUUUUUUAAAUGUUACUAUAACACUUAAGUGAUUAAACGAAGCAUUUCGAAAUGGGCGAGAAAAUUGAGGACUAUGAAGUGUACAAUUUGUUAGGAAAAGGAGGCUUUGCCUCUGUUUACCAUGCCAAAUGCUUAAAAACUGGACUCAAUGUGGCUAUUAAAAUGAUUGAUAAAAAAUUAAUGCAAACUGCUGGUAUGGUGAAACGUGUAGAACAAGAAGUAUCUAUACAUUAUCGAUUGAAGCAUCCCUCAAUACUUGAGCUGUAUACAUUUUUUGAGGAUAUGAAUUAUGUGUACUUGGUUCUGGAGUUAUGUCAUAAUGGGGAAUUAAGACAGUAUAUAGAAAGCAAAGCAUUGACGGAAUGUGAAGCUAGCAACAUAAUGAAACAAGUUGUGGAAGGAAUAAAAUAUCUGCAUACCCACAAUAUUUUACAUCGAGACAUAUCCUUGUCAAAUUUAUUAUUGACAAAAGACAUGCAAAUUAAAAUUGCAGAUUUUGGUUUAGCCACACAAUUGACUCGACCUGAUGAGAAACAUUUAACUAUGUGUGGAACUCCUAACUUCAUUUCCCCAGAAGUUUUAUCUAGAACUUCUCAUGGUUUAGAGGCAGAUGUCUGGGGUUUGGGCUGUUUAUUAUAUAAUUUGUUAGUGGGUUCACCACCUUUUGAAACUCGUGGUGUGAAAAAUACUUUAAAUCGAAUAGUCUCUGCUAAUUAUCAUUUACCAAGCCACUUGUCAAUUGAAUCUAGAGACUUAAUUAAUUCUCUUCUACAGAAAAACCCCAAGGAUAGACUGAAGUUAGAUCAGAUUCUGGAUCAUCCCUUUAUCAAAAGGGGACAGAUGAUGACCUCUCAUUUAACCCAAGACAGUGGGAUUCACACAAUGUCCAGUCGAAGAGACAGCGCAUUUAGUGAUAGUGCGAUUCCUAAUACAUACAUGACCGCAAGUAAUCAUUACUAUAUUAGUAGUGAUUGUCUUCCAUCAAAAAACCAUUUUACCAAUUCUCACAGCAUGGAACAUAUUACAAAAAAAAUGUAUGAUGCCCAAAUCAGAACAAAUUAUUCCGAUCCUCAGUGUUGCUCAUAUCAGCCAGUGAAUGAUCACAUAUCAGUUGUCUCGAAUCAUGGUUCACAAUGUGAACUAAGAAGCAAUCAUUGCAGUUGUCAUCAGAGUGUUAGUCAUUCUAAUCAGGACUUAUAUCCUGCCUAUUCUGAUGGAAACAGAAUACUGAAAAUCAUGCCUGGUUCAAAUUCAUGCAAAACAGUCACAGGGAAUUCGUCGUCAAACAAUAGUAGUUCGAGUGAAAGUCUUAAUAAAAAACGUGAGAAACCGAAAGGACAGAAAUUACAUCAGUUGUCGUCUCAGCGUCUUCUACCAAAAAGACACGGUACAGAAACUUCAAUCUUGCAUAUAAUGGAAGAGGGUGAAGUUGUAGUCGAAUUAAUGAAGAAAAAAGGUAGUUCAAAACGGAAUGUUGUCACUGAGGUAUUAAGAAUUUCACCAGAUGGCACUAAAAUAAUUAUCUAUGAACCAAAUGGGGGAAGAGGAGUAAUACCUACAUCAACGCCACCACCUAUUCCUCAUCAAGGAAGUUACGAUGUUUUUAGUUUCGACAAUUUGCCCGAAAAGCACUGGAGAAAGUAUAUGUACGCACAUCAGUUUGUUGCUUUAAUUAAGGAAAAAACACCGAAAGUCACGUGUUACGAUGAUAAGAUGAAGUUUGUGCUUAUGGAGAAUUUGACCGAUUUUGAAGCAAGUUUUUAUGAAGGAGGCACGGUGACAAAAUCGUCUUCAAAAGGUAUAACUUUUCAAGACUCCUCUGGGAAUAAGCUUCAGGUAAAUAGUGCAAAUGAAUGUCGAAAUUUAACAGAAACUUUCGAAUGUAUGUGGAAUCAAUCGCAAGAAGCUUUAAAACAUUGUCUAAUCGUGGAAGAAAUGCUAUCCAAGCUGAGUGGCACAAAGUUUCCGACUAUCCUAGGUCGAAGACCAAUUUCGUCUUUAGGAAAAGAGAAUCAUACUCAAUCUAUGAUGCCUUCGUUUACUGUUUCUAUGAACAGUACAGCCGUAGGGUCGUCAUUUCAAAGUAAUGUCAAUAAAGAAAAAAGAGUCUCAGUGCCAGGCGUAGGCACUGCAGUGCAAUUACCUAAUGGAGAGGUGCAAAUUAAGUAUGGUGACGGAUCCCAGUUGUCGAUGGAUGGUAAACACCAAAUUAAGUAUCAGUAUUCAGAUGGAGUGGUGGUGAAGUACUCUGACAAUGACAAAAUCCCUCGUCCAAUAAGAGAAAAGUUGCAACACAUGCCAAAGAUUUUAAAACAGUUAAUGUUGAGUCCAACCACUCAUAAUUUUCGGUUGUAGUAUAUGACGCAGAGUAGUGAGACUUUCAGCACACUCGUUUUAGCCAUUAAUUUCCAUGACAUUAGGUUUAUUCGUUAAAUUAUGUAAUAUAAUAUAUUUUCAUUCAAAACGAAACUAUACAAGGAAUAAAGAACUAAGAAACGAACUUAACUCGUACAAUAAUUUUGUUCUCAAUAUGGCUACACCACAGGAAAAAAAUGAAAAUAGAAACAAAUAAGUUUAAGAUUUA